ACUAUUAUACAUACCUACGUUGGCGUGCGCCUGUUGAUAUAAUUUCAGUUUCAAAAGCAUUUGUUGUCACUCGCGAGUAUAUAUUGUUAACAUAAAAAAUGUUUCUGUUCAAUCUUAUACUGCUACUGGCGGUAGGAAAUGUUACAGCGGCAGUGGUAUUUGAGGAUUGUGGAUCAGCGUACGAAUUGGAUGAAGUUAACAUAGAUGGGUGCGGCAUGAGGCUGCCCUGCGUAGUCACCUUAGGCGAGAAUGUUCCUGUCAACGUGAAGUUUUAUGCUGGCUUCUCAUCAACGCAACUCGACCAGGAUGUAGUAAUCAAUAUCAACUCGAUAAACUUAAAAACAAAUGUUACUCCAGAGCCCUGUGCAACUGUACAUUGUCCAGUAAGAACCAACGCGGUUACUUCUUUUACCAGCGUUAUGACGGUGCCCACCAAUAUGGCUCUGAAUCAACGGGGCUAUUUGCGUUGGCGCGUACACAAUGAACAAGGCAGACAAGUGCUGUGCUACGCCGUGCUUGUGCAAACUCAGAGUCCACUGCAGAAGAUUGUUCGGCAAGCGAUGGCCCGCGUCCAGGACACACAGUGGCACUCCCUCAAUUUGAACAACGUGAAUGCCACUGAGCUGUCCUACACAGAGAAAAUUGUGAAUGGUCACUAUCAGACUAAUAGUAGAUAGUUCGACUGUUAUGAAUACAUCUAUUGUAAAAAUAGAAGGCAAAGUGAUAAUGAAAAGAUAAUGACACACGUAAUAAAACUGUGAUUUAUCGAUAA